AUGCCACCGCCACGUCUACACACCGUCACGCGUCUCUGCACCACAACUCGUCAGGCGGGAAGAGCAAGCGUCAUCGCGCCUCUUGUUCACCCCACCACCCCGCCUACCGGUAGACGCCCACUCCACGCUUCACCAGCACGCCUCAACAUGUCCACCACCGCCUGGGGCUCCACGAAGAAUCCCGCCGCCUUCGACUUUCGCUCCGAUGUGCACACAACGCCCACGGCCUCGAUGCUGCAGGCCAUCCAAGACUGCUCGCUCCUUGAUGACGUCUUCAUGGAAGACCCCACAACGCUGUCCCUCGAGCGCUUCAUCGCCGAGAUAACAAGCAAGGAGGAUGCUUUGUUCGUACUGUCGGGCACAAUGGGCAACCAGGUAGCGUUGCGAGCCCAUCUCACCGCCCCGCCACAUGGCGUUCUGUGCGACCGCCGCGGCCACAUCAUAAACUACGAAGCAGGCGGCAUUGCGACCCUAAGCCAGGCUAUGGCGCAGCCAAUUGAUGCGAAGAACGGGAGCUACCUCACGCUCGAGGAGGUGCAGAAGCAUGCCGUGCUCUCCGACAACGUCCACGCCUGCCCCACGCGCGUUAUUUCCCUCGAGAACACGCUCAAUGGCGCCAUCAUGCCUCUCGCAGAAGUCAAGCGGAUAUCGGCGUGGGCACGUGAACACAGCAUAAUCAUGCACCUAGACGGCGCGCGCCUGUGGGAGGCUGUAGCCGCUGGAGCAGGAACCCUGAAGGAGUUCUGCGCCGAGUUCGAUAGCGUAAGCCUCUGUUUCAGCAAAGGCCUUGGUGCGCCCAUUGGUAGCAUCAUCGUAGGCUCCGAAGCCUUCAUCAAGCGUAGCCGCUGGAUUCGUAAGUCUAUUGGUGGUGGAUUGAGGCAGGCAGGCGUGGUUGCAGCGCCCGCUCGCGUCGCUGUGGAAGAGACGUUUCUUGGCGGCAAACUCACACAAUCACAUGAGAACGCGAAGAAGAUUCAGAAGAUCUGGGCAGAUCUAGGGGGCGAGAUAGAAUACCCGGUUGAUACAAAUAUGGUGUGGCUAGAUCUCGAAGCGCACGGCAUCGACACAAACCAGUUCAUUGAAUUAGCAGAAAAGUAUGGCGUGAGAGUGCGAGGAGGUAGAUUCGUCGUGCACUAUCAGAUUGGAGAGGAGGCCAUCGAGCGGCUGCGGAAGCUAUUCAUCGAAGUCUUGAGGGGGGAAAAGUCCAGUGGAAGAAACGCGGCGGCCGACCACGAUCCUGAAGCGUUGAAGAUGAAGGGCAAGGGCGUCGAGUAA